AUGGGGACUCCUCUUGUUGAAGUAUUGAAGCCUUACGGAUUCCGCGUAUCAAUUCCGAACGCACCCGGCGUUGAGCUGUUUGCUUUCCACGGCAACAUCAACAAGAAAAUGACGGGCAAAGAAGCCGGGGAGUUUUCCGUGGACGUCGUUUCAAAAGAAAACGGACGAUGGAGCUACACUAAUUCGACGACCUUGCUGAAUCCGGGAGACACCCUGUACUUCUGGACCCACGUGCGUGUUAAUGGAGUCGGACACGAGAGAUUUCAAGAAUUUCACGUGCCCGAGUGGAUGCUUACGUCUUAA